GCUCCGGGGCCGGGUCCCCACCGGCCCGUUCCUGCCCGGAUGGAAGCGGGGCCCGGCGCACCCCGUGGGCAGGCCCCGCCGCGGCCCCGGGCUGCGGGUGCCGGUGCCCGCUCCCGUUCCCGUCCGGUUCCCGCUCCCGUCCCGCUCCCCCCCCAACCUCCUCGGCCGCGGCCGCCGCCGCUCCGCUCGCCGGGACACGCCGGACGUGGCGUCACGGGCGGCGGAGGCCGCCGGGAGCCGGGCCGGAGGUGACGCGCCGCCGGACGGAGGCGGGGCUCGGUGCGGGCCAUGGCGGCGGCGGCGGCGGCGGCGGCGGAGGAGCAGCGGCAGCAGCUGCGCAGCCUGCGGGACUUCCUGCUGGUGUACAACCGCAUGACCGAGCUCUGCUUCCGGCGCUGCGUCUGCAACCUCAACUACCGGCUGCUCACCGGGCGCGAGGAAUCCUGCCUCGACAGCUGUGCCUCCAAGCUGGUGCACUCCAACCACCGCCUCAUGCGCUCCUACGUGGCGCUGAUGCCCGGCAUCCUGCAGCGCCGUGCAGCCGAUUCGGCGUCCCAGGAGCCGGCACUUCCCGCAGCCCCCCCUGGCCCCAUGGCGGCUCCCGACAUGGGCACGUAGCGGGCGGAUGGCCCCGGGAUGGAUCCGGCCCCGGGAUGGAUCUGGGCCUGGUGCUGGGCUGAGCCUGUGUACGCUGAGCGGGAGCUCACGCCGCUCUGGACCCAGCUGUGCGGAUCCGCAGCCUCCAUCAGGAUUGGGAACCUCCGUCAGGAUCAGGAACCUCUGUCGGGAUCAGGAACCUCCAUCAGCAGCCACCGAGCCUGUCCAGUGGCACCGGGAAAGGGAUCGCAGCGCCAGUGCCUCCAGUGGGGGAUUCCCACUCGAACUCGGUGCCGGCGGCUCCGUGCUGGGCUCUGGCUCCAGCACCGGGGCUCGGAUUUUCAGGAGUGUUUUCCUCGUGCUAAUAAAGUGUCUCAUCCCUGA